AUGGGGUCACUUCCUACGGGGCAAUACUCACCGUUGUCUAACCACUUUAGUUUGCUUCAAGAAGUUGUUGAGGGCAGUUCUGUAGAAAAUUCCUUGCUUAGAAGUUACAAAAGGAGUUUCAAUGGAUUUGUUGCCAAGCUCACUGAUCUUGAAAGACAAAAGCUUGCUAGUAGGAAGGAAGUAGUCUCUGUUUUUCCAAGCAAAACUUACCAUCUUCACACAACAAGGUCUUGGGACUACAUUGGUUUAUCUGCGACAGUUGAAAGGAAUGCUGCUGCUGAGAGUGAUGUCAUAGUUGGCUUUAUUGACACUGGAAUCUGGCCUGAAUCAGAGAGCUUCAAUGAUGAAGGAUUUGGUCCUCCUCCCAAGAAGUGGAAGGGUGAAUGUAAAGGAGGCAAAAAUUUCACUUGCAACAACAAGAUCAUUGGAGCUCGAUAUUACUCAACAUCAAAUGAAAGUAAGACUGCAAGGGACGAUAUAGGUCAUGGAAGCCAUACUGCCUCAACGGCAGCUGGCAACAAAGUAAAGGACGUCAGUUUCUAUGGAAUUGCUCACGGUACUGCAAGAGGAGGGGUUCCCUCAGCGAGGAUUGCAGCAUAUAAAGCCUGCUAUCCAAAUGGCUGUGAAGAUGCAAGUAUAUUGGCUGCUUUCGAUGAUGCUAUUGCUGAUGGAGUUGACAUCAUUUCCAUUUCAUUAGGACCAAAUUCACCUAAUGCAGAUUUCAGCAACGAUGCCGUUGCGAUUGGUGCUUUUCAUGCUAUGGAGAAAGGGAUAUUAACUUCUCAAUCUGCAGGCAACAGUGGUCCAGAUAAAGCUACUGUGGGAAGUAUAGCUCCAUGGAUACUUAGUGUAGCAGCAAGCAGCACAGAUCGCCAAAUCAUAGACAAGGUUGUCCUUGGGAACGGAAAGACACUAGCUGGAAUUGGAAUUAAUGGUUUCUCAUUAAACGGAACUACAUUUCCUCUGGCUGAUGGAAAAAAUGUUGUUGUGAGUGAUUGCUCUGAUUCCAGUUAUUGCAGUGUAGGGUGCCUAAACAGCACUUUAGUGAAAGGCAAGAUUGUUCUUUGCGAUAAGCCUCAAGGAGAUGAUGGGGCCAGCAGUGCUGGUGCAGUUGGAUCGAUCUUGAAGAAUGAACCGUUUGAAUAUGAUGCUAGUAUCUUCUUAUUACCUGCAUCUUCUUUAAGCGUUGACAGACAUGAUAUAGUCGCAUCCUACAUUAAUUCUACUAAAGAGCCUCGAGCGACCAUUCUAAAGAGUGAAGCAGUAAAAGAUCGUAAUGCCCCCAAAAUUGCUUCAUUUUCUUCACGUGGGCCGAAUAUCUUUGCACCAGAAAUAUUGAAGCCUGAUAUAACAGCACCAGGGACAGAAAUCUUGGCUGCAUAUUCACCGAUUGUUUCACCCACAUCUUUCGUUGAAGACAAGAGGCGUGUUAAGUACAGUAUAUUAAGCGGAACCUCCAUGGCUUGCCCCCACGCCUCGGGUGUGGCUGCAUAUGUCAAAACGUUUCACCCCAAUUGGUCUGCUGCAGCCAUCAAAUCUGCCAUUAUGACUACCGCUUCGCCCAUGAAUGCAACCAAAAAUUUAGCAGCAGAAUUGGGUUAUGGAUCUGGGCAAAUCAAUCCAACAAAAGCUGCUCAUCCUGGACUCGUGUAUGAUGCUUCCAAAGAAGACUACAUCAAAUUGUUAUGCGGUUUAGGCUAUGAUGAGAAGGACCUUAGACUCAUUUCAGGAGAUAACAGCACUUGCCCCAAAGUUUCCACCAAAACAUUGGCCAGAAAUCUGAAUUAUCCUUCAAUGACGGCUAUGGUCAAACCAUCGAAGUCUUUUAAUGUUACCUUUCACAGGACAGUUACGAAUGUAGGCUUUGCAAAUUCCACUUACAAGGCCACAACCUUCACAAAAUCCAAAGUGAAAAUAGUUGUAGAGCCUGAAGUGCUCUCCUUCAAGUCCUUAUAUGAGAAGAAAUCUUUUGUGGUGUCUGUUACUGGAGGACAAAGAGUUCUGCCAACUGAUUACUCAAUGGCGUCCUCAUCAUUGGUAUGGUCAGAUGGCAGUCAUAUUGUAAGGAGUCCAGUUUUUGUGUUUGCACUGUUAACUUGAUCAAGGGUGAAAAUGACAUUGUC